CAGCUGACCUAUGCUGACAGAAAAGUUUCAUAUCCCUCUCCCGGUCAUUUUCGAUAAAUCACGUAUACCGACAACGACGAGCCUAUAUAAACUGUUCGAUAGAUCCUGGAGUGAAAUCAUUCUCUGUGGCACCAUUGCCACAGUAGAUACACAAUAAUAUGUUUACUCUAUCGGUUUUUCGAUUUUUCCUGUUUUUCCUGAUAUCGGCACAUAUUUCGAACGCUCAGUAUGUACCUCCAGAGGCACUAGUCGAACCGCUAAAGCCGAUUGGCCUCCGUAUUUCCAUACCAGAUGAGCCGGGCAUUACCUUGGUAGCCUUUCACGUAAAGUUCAAUCAAGAAUUUAAUGGACUUGAGGCUGGUACCAUAGCACGAGACAUCAUGAAGCCGAAGAAUGGCCGCUGGACUUAUGAGGACAAAAGUACGAGGUUGAAUGAAAAUGAUGUUAUUUACUACUGGGUACACGUUGUUUACAAUCGACUUGGAUAUAAUCUGCUUGAACAAGAGCAUACAGUAACCGAUUUCUAUGAGUACGAGGAUUCAAAGCCAACGACUAAUGCUCAUUUCAUAGUUCCUGAGGCGCUGGUCGAACCGCUAACGCCUGUUGGCAUCCGCAUUUCCAUACCAGACGAGCCGGGCAUUACUCUAGUAGCUUUCCACGUAAAGUUCAACGAAGCAUUCAAUGGAUUAGAAGCUGGUACCAUAGCACGAGACAUCAUGAAGCCUAAUAAUGGUCGCUGGACUUAUGAAGACAGAAGCACGAAGUUAAAGAGCAAUGAUAUCGUUUACUACUGGGUACACGUUGUUUAUAACCGACUUGGAUAUAACUUGCUAGAUCAGGAGCACAGAGUUACAGACUUCUUUAAUUACAAGGGUAAAAUACAACAUCAGAUGGAUAAUAAAGGUGGGAGUUUCAAACCCCGGCCAUGCGUUUAUUCGACGACAAAAUUGUUCGAUAAAACAGGCUUCAGCAAAAAUCCCUGUGCUGGUCAGCUUCUUUUUAAAGAAGAUUUCAGAGAUCUGGCCCAGCUAAGGAGGUCGCAGUGGACUAUUGUUGAGCAGUAUCCUGGAUCACCCGACUACGAAUUCGUCGUUUAUCGAGAUUCACCUGAGAACAUCAAAGUCGAAAAUGGUCUGAUGAUCACCCCUAAGUUGCUGAGAAACGAAUUUGGUGACAACUUUGUUCGCGAAGGCAGUCUCGCGUUGAUUAACUGCACAGGACGAUUCUUGACAGCCGAAUGUUACAGUAAAGCUCGAGGCUGGAACAUCCUACCGCCUGUAACUUCUGGUCGGGUCAACACUAAGAAUUCUAUCAACUUCGAAUACGGUCGAGUCGAAAUAAGAGCAAAAUUACCGCGUGGUGAAUGGAUCUAUCCCCUAUUACUCUUGGAACCUGCAAGAAACAUGCCUGGUUCACCCAUGGAAGUUGUUCAAAUUCGAAUUGCGUCAUCCGCUGGUAAUCCUGAACUAAGACUCAGGGAUGGAUCUGAUAUUGGUGGGCACCUUCUUUGGGGUGACAUUACGGGAUUAAAUCUACAAAAAUCCGAGAAUUAUAACCAGAACAGACCCAUCAUUUAUAACCAGGAAUUGUGGUCGGAUAACUUCCACGUGUACGAGUUGAUUUGGAGCCCGGGUAGGAUUGUUCUUAAAGUUGAUGGGCAAGUUUACGGAAAUAAGCGCGUAAAUUUACCCAGUGAUACACCGUUCUAUUUGACACUUGGUGUUGCCGCGGGCGGACGGUCAGAGUUUCCAGACAAGUCCGUGAGUCGUGGUUUCGCUAAAACUUGGCGGAACGUCGAAGCUAAGGCUAUGUACCACUUUUAUAAGACGACUGAUAUUUGGUACGGAACUUGGCAAAACGGCGCUACUUCUCUGAGUGUGGACUAUGUCAAAAUUUGGGCGCUAUAAACGUACCUGAAUAAUUCAUAAUUGGUUAACUGACUUGAUAAUUACCAUUAUCAGAAAAUGGAUAGAUUACGCAUAUGAUAUGAAAAAGAUACCCUUGAAUUUAUACCGAUCCAAAUUGAUAAAGAAAGCGACAAAAUGUCGAUACCGCUGUAUAUAGAAACUUUUAUAAUAAAUUAUUGAAAUAAACAUUGAACAAAUUUUA